AUGUCAAAUAACUUACCUCAGUCAUUUAGAGAAGACCCACCUAAGCAAGACUUUUAAGUAUUCUAACAGAAACUUGAAAUGUACCAAGGCUUGUUUCAAAGCGAUGAAGAAUCUGAUUAAAGAAAUCCAACCAAAAGUGCAUAGAUUCAGCCAAAUUAAUCACAUUCUCGAUUUGAUCAAAAUAAAUUAGCAAUAUAAUAGUAGCUUUAGCAACAUAUUGAUAACCAGAGGUCUAACAAUAGAUUUAACUAAAACAGAGAUGAUUCAUUUAGAGGAAAGUUCAAUACUUAACAAAGAUUUGAGGAUAAUCAGGGCAGACUAAGUUCACAGAAUAGAGAUAUUGUUGGCAAUGAAAGAAAUAGCAAUAGUAGAUAGAGACAAUUUGAAUCUGAAAUAAGAAUUUAAGACAGGAGAGAAGAAAUUAUUUCCUAGCAUAAUUAAGAUAAUAUUUAACCAAGUGGCUCAAAAUUAGGAGACAGACUUAAAUCUGCAAAAAGACAUUAUGAAAGAGAAGACUAUGACUAUAUUAGAUAGGUGUGCAAAAAAGCUUAGACUAUCAAACAGGAUAGAGAGCUAUAAGAGAGAGAAGAUAGAAGAAUAUAGAGAAAAAGAGAAGAAUAGCAAAUGCAGAUUUAAAAAGUGCAGGGAAUGAAAUUGAAUCAGUAAAAAUCUGUUGAUCAAAGAAUUAUGGAGGCCAAAAGAAUAGCAGAGUUUUUCUACCUGCUGAAUGAAACUAAUUGGUGCAAAUUUGAAGAUACAUUCUAUAUUAUGAACAGAAGAUGGUUUGAUAGGUGGAAGGACUACAUUUCUUACGAUUAUAUAAUGAGAUUUCUAAUAGAGUAGGAGAUCUCCAAUUUGCUUUUAUUAUUGGACAAAAAGGAUCAUCUUCAAAAUAAAUUAUAGUUGGGAGGUAAAAUAAACUACUGUAACACUCCUUUGAAAAAUGGACUUACUCAAGAGAAAGAUUUCUUCUUAGUUAGUGAAAGUAUAUGGAAAUUCCUGUCCUCAAGAUAUAAAGGCGAAGAAAUAUUGAGAUAUGCAAUUUACAAAAAUCAGGCAGGAGUUCUUGACAGAUAACCUUACUUGCCAACGGUAAAUAGAAUAAAAUUUUAUAUUAAUAGAUCUAAGUUUGUCUUGUUCUAAGAGAUGAAGCAAUAAGAUAUCCCAAGUGGCUAAUCUUACCCAGGAAAACUACGUUUGAACAAAUAAAGUGGAUACUUAAAGAUGCCUUCGUCUGGCUAAAGGAAUAUUUGGAUGAGGAAAUUAGACUUUGGAGAUUACAUCCUGAACUUAGAGACAUAGAUUUCAUUGAUUAAUUUAACUAAUAACUUUCCUCUAAAUAGAGAGACAUUGUUUGUUGAAGUCAGAAAGAUAAAAACUAUCUGGCUAUUCGACUUAGAUUUUAAAGAUAAUAAGGCGUUUGAUGAAGGAUCGGUUAAUAUAGAUAAGCAUCUAGUACUUUACUAACCUCUAUUACAAGAUGAGAACUGGCAGUCUAAUUACACUUUGUAUUAUAAGUAUCACAACAACACUCAAAGAGAUUAUUGGGAUAUAAGUUACACGACAACAGAUCUUUAUUAGCAAUUCAAGUAGUAACUUAACAUAAAUGAGAUCUCUUAAAGUAAAGUGGAAGAGUAAAAAGCCCUAAAAUAUGAAGAUCCCAUAUAGAAUAAUUAAAACUCUAAGAUUCCCCAGGUGAAACUAGAAGAUAAAAUUAAAAAUGAAUAAAAAGAGGACCAAAGUGAAGAACUUAAAAGUAAAGUUGUAGUUGAAUUGAAGCACUAGCUUAGAUGCACAUCUGUAAAUAAUGUUAAGAUGUUCAUUAUUGCUCAUUGCAAUGCCUCACUUGAGAUUAGAGGUUUCAUGAGUAUGAUUUAGCAGGAUCAAUCAUAAGCGAGCAGCAUAAAAGUAGUUAGUGAUGAAGAAAUGAGCUAAACAGAUCACGAAGGGGAAGACUCAAGUAGUAGUGAUGAAUUUAGUUCUGAUGAAGACAAAGAUAAAUUUAAAAGCUAGAAAUCCACAAAGGAAAGUGAAAGCAAAUCAAUCCUUAAGUUCGAUGAUAUUUAAUUGAUUAAGAAAGAAUCUUAAGUUAGCUAAAGUGCUGCUGUAGGAAUAUCUGCCUCUAUCCAGGAUAAAUAAAUAGGCAAAAGAAAAAGAAGUGAUUUAAGCAAUGACUCUGGCAAGAUUUAACAAGACUUGUCACUCAGUAUAAAUAAAAGAAAGAAGGUAGGAGAAAAUUAAAAAUCUGAUAAACCUACCUAUGUUUUCUAAGAGUUACCAUUUAAAUUCGAUCAUUUUAAGGAAAGAAUAUUUUAAAAGCCUAGAUCAAUCUAAACACAAGAUCAAGCUGGUGCUAAAAUUGCUUCACUUCUUACUGUAUUAACUUAGCUUAAUGAAUUGAGGGACUCACUAACUAUUGAGUAAGGCCCUCUCAAUGCAAUUAUCAGAGAUGUACUAAACAGGCUAAUUGAUUCUUCUUAAAUUGAUAGUUACUUUACUCUUCCCUUCAACAAAAUCGAAAGACAUCUUGAUGUCAACUAAGACAUUUGCUUCAUUAUUAAGUAAAUGGUCGUCAAGUUAGCAGCAUAAAAUCAAUCUCUGCUCUAAAUGUUUCAAAUAAAGCAAAAGUUUAGUGAGAUAUGUAUCAAUUGUGGGACUAAGAGGUAAAAUGAAAAAGAAGACUACCUUUUGCAACUGUAAAAUGAAGCAGAUGAUUAAAUUUCCAAGCAUAGUGUCAGAUUAAAGAUUAUCUAUCUCUAUGACUAUGACUAAUUUAAGAAAUAUGAGAUCUAGUUAAAACCAGGGGAAUAUACAUUUUAAGAUGUAAUGGGAAAAAUCAAGGAAAAGGUUUAAGUAGAUAGACCUUUGGUAAAAUCAUGCAAAAAAUGUUUCAUAUUAGUUGAUCUGCUAUAUGAAAACUCUAUGUAUGGCUAAAUGUUUAGUAAUGAGGGAAUGAAAUUCAACUUCAGACAAGAUCAAAGUCUGACAACCUUUGCAUAUGAGGUUAGUAAGACUCAAAAGGAUAAGAUAAAGAGAUAAAAUUUUGUUCAUAUAGCUAAAGCUGAUUAAGAUGGCAGAAUAACUUAUCACUGUUUCCCAAGGUUGAUAAUGUAUCAAGAGAGUGAUCAACUUAAGACAAUCUCAGGUAAAAUUUUCAAAGGCUUGAGAACGACUUUGGCAACUACUUCUUUUCAGAUGGAUCCAUUGUUUAUGCAGCAAUCUGAAACAGAGUCAUAUAAUCAACUAUUCAGUUGUGAUUAGGCAGUACUUUAAUAGGAACCAUACGAGAUGGUGCUUGUUUUAAAGGAUGGCUCGAGAUGGAAAUUAGAUCCAAAUUAGAAAUAAAAAUUAUCUCAAAUAGUAGAUGUUGAAAUGAUUGUGAGAUUUGAAGUCAUCUUUCCUGUGACUACUUCAUUUGAUGAAAUAAAAACCCAAUUCAAAGCCGAAUUUGAUAGGUAAAUAUAUCCUGAAAAAGAAUUAGGGUUAAGAGAUUUGAAUUUGAUAUUUAGAAAGCAUAUAAGACAAUGUAUUGUUGGGGGAGAAAAUAUGAGCGCUCCUUGUUCUAACUGCAAAGAGUAAAAAGGAGCUUAGCAGGUCAAUGAACUCAUGAAGUUAAGUAAUCACUUGGUCAUUAAAGUGCAGAAAAUCGAUUAGAAUUAGAUUACGGAAUAUCCUCUUAAGCUAUCUCUAGAUAAAUUCAUGUCUAAAUCUAGUUAGUAACUUGGAAAUGAGUACUAAUUGGUAGGCUGUAUAGGUUAAAUCCUAAAAGAGACUAUAAAUCAGAAUUCUGAGGAAAAUCAAAAUGAUCCAACCAAAAUUGAAACAGUAGUUCCUACGUUACUUUACUAUUCAUUGAUUUAUAAUUCUCAAGAGAAUCUUUGGUAUAGAUAUGACUACGGGAUGGAACCAACGAGUGCUAUUGCUGAAGUUAUUAUAGUAGAUGAUAAAGAUGGACAAUACAAGAUUUUACUUGAUAAGCAAAUUGACUUUCUAAUAUACAAAAAAGUAAGAAACUAAGACAAUAAAUAAUUUGGCAAAAAGUGA